AUGGGGGAGUUGGCCUCGAAGCAUCUAUCGGCGAAGGUUCGGGCACGGAAGGCUCGUACCCAGAUCAAAGAACUUAAGGUCGGUGCGGGUCGGGUGACCGGCUCGCAGCAGAUCCUGGAUGCUGCUUCCGCCUUCUUCAGGAACAUUUUCGGCAAGGAUCGCCGCACCGACUUCUCGGACUGGAACCUUACCACGCUUCGAAGGCUGGAUGAUGCGGUUGCAGAGAUCCUUUCAGCUGACUGGUCAGAGCAAGAAGUCAAAAAGGCUUUUGCAGCGAUGGCAAAGAACAAGUCUCCUGGCGGGGACGGGCUGCCGAAAGAACUGUUCGAGGCUCACUGGGACCUGUUGGGGGAGAGCUUCAUGGCUUUGGUGAAGAGUUUUGAGGCGUCCGCCACCCUGCCAUCAGCAACCAAGGAGGCGGUCACCAUUUUGUUGCAUAAGAAAGGGGAGAAGGAUGAGCUCAACAACUAUUGCCCGAUCACCUUGCUUAACUUCACUUACAAGGUUCUGGCGAGAGUGGUGGCGGAUAGGAUGAAGUCGGUGCUUCAUCUUGUCAUAUACCCGGAGCAGUAUGGGUUCAUUCCGGGGCGCCGUCUCUCGGAUGCGGUGGCCUUGGUGGCGGAUGUCAUCGAUGCUGCAAAAAACGGCGACGAGGACUGGUAUCUUCUCUUGGUGGACUUUCAGAAAGCUUUCGACUCGGUGUCGAGGAAUUUCUUAUUUGAAGUCUUGGCUCGGAUGGGCUUUCCGGAUCGCUUUGUCGGUUGGGUCAGGGGCCUGCACGAGAACACAUCAACGAAGCUGUUGGUUAACGGUUGGCUGGGGAAAGGAGUGGAAGUGGUGUCGGGCGUGCGGCAAGGGUGUCCGUUGGCGCCGUACCUCUUUCUCUGCGCGGUGGAGCCCUUGGCGAGGGAAGUGGAGAGGCAGGAGCUUGGUCUGUCCAAGCAUAAUCUGCGUUUCAAUUACCUCGGUUACGCCGAUGACACGACGUUGGCACUGCAAGGGACAGAGCAAAUAGUUAAAGCUGAGGAGGUGCUGGACCGGUUUGAACAGGCGUCCGGUUUGGCAACUAACAAAUCGAAGUCGGUGCUGUUACCUUUCGGUACGAACCUGGGUGCGAAAGGUGAUGGCACGAGCAGCUUCAAAUGGGCCGGCGCGGACGAAGCGGAGCGCCUGCUGGGAGUCUGGGUAACGCCUUCGGGUAACGGAUUGCCGACCUGGGAGAAGGAAUGGGUGCACAUCACGGAGAAACUAACGAAGUGGCAGUUGAAAUACCUCACGUUAACGGCAAGAGCUACGGUGGUCAAUAGCUACAUCACCCCGCUGCUGGCUUUCCAAGCGCAAAUAUACCCCCCGCCCUCGGUCAUCUGGGAGGAGAUUACCAGGCUGCUGUAG